UACUUAUUGCAUGCGUAGAUGUUAUUGCUUUUCUUUGCAAUUCAUGCAAAUUCUACAUUUGUAACUAUAAAUAUGCAUGGAUACCUCUUUAAUGUAAAAAGGUGUGAAUGAUUUUUGAAAAUAAACAGACUGCAAUAUUUUCUAUGUAUAACAGCAUGAAUAUGCAUGUAUCAUAUGUAAUAAAGUGUGUAAUAUGUUAAUUAGAUGCAGAGAUGAGGCUUGAAAUGAUAUAAAGCUACAGUAUGUAAUGCUUACAAUAUCAUGCUUUAGGAUGCCAGGAACCAAAUAGACGAUACACCUUUAUCACAAUAUGAAGAAAAUUUUGGGAGAAUUUCUCACAUAAAUGAUUUUCCAAGAGAGGGAACCAAGCCUGUUCUCAAAGACUCUAAUGUAGUGGUUCAAAUAAAUGAUGAAAUUCAUGGCAAGUUAACUCCAAGGGUCAUAGUAAAGGUCAACAGUGGCUCAUCCAAUCGAACGAUAGAGGAAGAAAGUUACCGUAGAAACAGACUGAAGAUGGGUGAUAAUGGUUACCAUAGUGACCAUGACUGGGAUGCAAGAAGUGUGAGAAGUUUUCGCAGUGAUGGCUACCUCUCUGAUGCAACCAGUCACAGGAGCCGCCCUCCUGUUAAUGAUAGGACAUUUGUUAAUCCUGAGAAUUCCAAAAAUGACAGAAGGUCUGUUGAAAAUCACAAAACCUUUGCUGAAAAUGACAGAAAAUCAGUUGUUGGUAGAGAGGAAACCAAUAGUCAUAGUAAUUAUAAAACUGAGAAUAAUGGGAAGAACAGUGAAAGGAGGUCAUCCCUGGUGAAUGGAAAUUCUGUGAUCCAGAGUGUGAGAGAGGAAGAUACAGAGAGACGUGGGAAGAGGUCGUCUGCUGGGAAGAAAAAGGAAGUGUCCUGGUCUGAUAAAGGAAGGCCUGAGGAUAAAAAAGAGGACCUCAAUACUAAUAACAAUAGAUCUGAUCAGAGAGACACUCCAAAUAUAAUCACAGAGACUGUAGCAGAAGCCAGUGAGGGAAAAGGGUUGCAAUCUUCUGCCCAGCUGUCAGAUCAUGUAAAAGAACCUAGAAAUUCAGCAAAUGGAGUCAAAAGUGGAUCAACACACCCUGAAUUAGAGAUUGUCACAGAAUCCACUAGUGCAAAGGAAACAGAGAGAGCAGCUGUGGAAAACCCUGCCAAGUCAACAUAUCGUGGAAGUGAGGCUGGAGAAGUUCUGAGGAGUAAGAUUGGCACUGAGUCCUCCUUUGAGAAGUCAGAGGCAGACACUCUGAUUUCCAAUGUUAACAGUGGCUACCAAGGGGAUGUCAGUGACACUGGAGCUGAUGAGAAAACAGAUUCCAAUAACAGACUCAAGAAGCCUAAGGUUUUAAUCUGAAAAAUGCACAAAAUGUCCUGACUAAUAGCACAGAACUGGGAAACCAUUGCAGAGUUAUCACCUGUGACUUGUUUUAAUUUGCAUGACUUUUGAAAUGUGAUUUCCUGUGAUGUAAAAAAAAAUUACAAUAUUUAACCAGUUCUUUUCAGCAUAAGGUGUGCAUUAAAACAUUUCUUUCAGAGUUAACAUUGGUUUAUAUUUAUUCACCCAAAUUUGGAUUGUGUGUCUGUAUAUGUACCACUGCAGUGAUUAAAACAACAAAUGUCAUGAAAAGCAAGAUUCAACUUCAUUAAUGCUCAUAUGGUUCAUUAUAUUAACAGAAUCACAGAAGCACUUAAUGAAUGAUAUGAGAGUAUUUUCCACUAUUGUGUACAACUUAAAUAUAAA